AUGUAUCCUAGAAUUCAUAAAAUAUUUAGUAAAGCUUUUAGCAUUUCUUCUGUGAAAGAAAGAGCCAUCGAAUUAUUAAGGGAAUUAGAUAAAAAGUAUGGAGAGUCAUAUCCUUCUAUUAGAACAGAACUUAACACACCAAAAUUUUGUCAAACUGAAAAAGAUAUUGAACAACACAAUGAAUUUGUAGAAAAAACAAAUGAAUCUGAAUACCAAAUUACUAUUAAACGAAUUGAUAAUUGGAAAAUCCAAUGUAAUGAAGUUAAAAAACAAUGGUAUUAUACUAUGGAACAAGUUCUUCCUCAGUAUUAUAAUAAAAAACAAGAGUAUCAUGGAGGACCUAUUAAUUGUAGUUGGGGAGUUACUAUUGAACUUUGUCAAACUCCUUAUGAAGUUUGGUGUAAAUAUGGAGGUUCAACUAACCAACGAAUAAUGAUUGAGAUGAAAACGUUUAAAGAGAAAAUAAUUUCUCUUAGAGGAAGCAUAUGGAAUGGAUAUGUCAGUUUUGUUUUAGUCCAAAGUAAAUUGAAAGAGAAACGUACUGAAGACCAAGAAUUGUAUAAAGAAAAAUAUAAAGAAAUUAUUGGUAUGAUUGAUUGUUUAGAUGAAAUUCUUUAUAAAGCAAGAGAAUUAAAAAUAUAA